AUAGUGUUGUUUGUGACUCGGCUUGGAAAAGGUAAAUAAUAGUUUCAGUGAAAAUGGCGUCUAUGGAACCGCUCCAAAAUAAAACCUGGGAUUUAUCCUUGUAUGAGCUAAACCGGACACCGCAGGAAGCGAUAACGGACAAUACAGAGAUUGCUGUAUCACCCCGCAGUUUGCACAGUGAAUUAAUGUGUCCAAUAUGUUUGGAUAUGCUGAAGAAGACGAUGACAACAAAAGAGUGUUUGCAUCGGUUUUGUUCCGACUGCAUAAUUACGGCUCUCCGUUCCGGAAACAAGGAAUGUCCUACUUGUAGGAAGAAACUCGUCUCCAAGCGUUCGCUUCGACCUGAUCCCAAUUUCGAUUUAUUGAUAUCGAAAAUAUAUCCUAGCAGAGAUGAAUAUGAAGCACACCAAGAAAGAGUGCUGGCCAAAUUCAAUCAAAGUCAUUCCCAGCAAGCACUAGUUCAUUCAAUAAACGAGGGAAUUAAGUUGCAAUCCCAAAACAGACCUAAUCGUAAGCAAAAAAGUGAAAAUGAUCUAUCAGCCGCAGCAGCUGCAGCAACAAAUUCUUCUUCCGCAUCUGCAACUCCUGUUGUGGCGAAUGCAAAUCAACCUGCAGUUCCAAGCACUAAUGGAACAGUUCCCGAAACGGCCAAUCGGGAAGGUUCCUCCAAUAGUCAGGCUGGCGGGGAAUCCGUUCCUCCUUUGUCGAAUCCUCCAUCGGUCAGGAGCACACCUUCCCCGGUUCCGUCCAAUGUCAGUUCGGCAAGCAAGGCCAAAAGGGCCCGAUCGGUUCUCACUUCGGAAAAAUCGGAAGAAUCCGAAAGCAACAGCGAAAUGGACGGUCGGACGGAGGAAAAUGACUCCAAUCUGGACACCGAAGGCGAGGGCAAUUCCGAACACGGCAGCGACGAAAUUGAGCUUGUAUUCAAACCACAUCCAACGGAAAUGGCAGGCGACAAUCCGUUACUGAAGGCGCUGAAAGAAAACUCGGUUCGCUACAUCAAAACCACUUCAAAUGCUACAGUGGAUCAUCUUAGCAAAUAUUUGGCGAUGCGCCUCACUCUGGACCUGGAGACCGAGCUUCCGGAAGCAUAUCGUCUGGUGAAUUUCUGCAUCUACAUCGCUCCGCAACCCUCACAACUAGUUGUGCUAAGUGGAAACCAGACUCUCUCGCAAGUGAAUGAAAAGUUCUGGAAGGUUAAUAAGCCGCUCGAGAUGUACUAUUCGUGGAAGAAGUCCUAGGGAACUGCCUAACACCCGAAGCGUAGUGGGUGAUAGAGAAACACACUCGCACUCGUAGAAGUGGUAUAGUAUUAUUCGCUGCAUUACAUGCAAUGCAUUGUACCGUUGCAGAACCUAAACGUAAACGAUGCAAUUUAUUGUCAGUUUCUUCUUUGAACUAGUUUUAUAAUGUAGAAGAUAACUUCAAUAUAUUGUAAAUAGAACAGUUGUAAUUGCAAAUAGUUUCAUAACAUCUUACUAGCGUUCAGAGUUACUUAAUUUGGCACUAGGUCUUGGUUUAUAUCUGUAAUUAGUUUGUUGGUCUGAUGUUAGUUUGUUGGUCUAAUUUUAGAUAGUCUCUCUGUCCAAUAACGAUUUUAUAGGACUUCCUUAGACAUCAAUAAUGUUCGUGAAUACCAGCUGUGACAUGCGAACGCAAACCCGAGCAAAGCAUGAGAUCAUAUUGAAAACUAAUGUUGAUGUUGUGAUGUCGUGAAUUUUGAUAACUCAGUUUGUUGUCAGUUUUAACGAUUAAAAUAUCAAAAAUGAGAACAAAAUGAUGUUUCCAUGAAAUCAAAUUGUAAAGUAUUUUUGCUAUCAGUUACAGCAAAUUGAAAACUGUUUCUGCUAUCUUGGAGACCAAUUGAUAUUGAAACGAGUCUGCGACAAAAUAAAUGGUUUAUUUUUAUAUUCUUAUAGUGUUUACACAUGUAGCACGAAUAAAUUUAUAAUUAUGUGAAAUGAAAACGUUAACAAAAAAAUAAAAUGAUAGCAGAACGAAAGCCAAAUGUGAUAAAAAAAUAUCUCAGUGACAAAUUGAUUUCAAGUUAUGCUAUGAACUUGAUGCUGAAAACAAGAUAUGUUUGUGCUUUCUUUUUUAUGUUAGACUUUGCUCGGGAAUGCUGUACAAUAAGUAAAAAUAACGUCCAGGUUAUAUUUGUGGAGGUCACACAAUCUCCCAACACGGACAAAUUUUUUUAUCAAAUUUAUUAUUCAAAGAGUACAGUAUUUUUUGCCGUAAUGUUUAACUGCACAUUAAAUGAGACCAAUGCAUUUGAAGGUUAUUAAAAAAUUCGAUUUUUCGAAAAUUUCUUAAGAGCACAAAAAUGUUUCAAAAGUUUUAAACACUAUUCUGAUAUGCUUGUUAUGGUCCAAGUUUUAAGCUAAAAAUUCAUUUCGAUUUCCGAGUUC